AUGACAGCAUUUGAAGAAUUGGGUGUAAUCAACGAGCUAAGCCAAGCAGUCUUUGAUGUUGGUUGGGAGUUGCCUACCCCCAUCCAAUCGGAAGCGAUCCCAGCGAUUUUGGGCGGCGGCGACGUCUUGAUUGCAGCAGAAACAGGCAGUGGCAAGACUGGAGCGUUUUGCCUCCCAGUUGCGCAGGUAGUAUGGGAACAGCGAAAAGAACUUCUGGAACCGAAGGGCAACACCAAAGACAUACCGAAAAUAUGGCAAAUGAAUAUGGCGGACAGAGAUUAUGGCGUGGCGAUCGAUGAUGCCGGGUUGAAUUGUCAAACUCGCGAAGCAAAAGUCUGGCACGGCGUACGAUGCCGCGGAGGAGUGCAUACCAAAGGAAAAUAUUACUACGAGGCGACUAUCGAACACGAUGGACUUUGCCGAAUAGGAUGGGCCACACUCGGCAGCUCUCUGAAUAUCGGUCACGACAGUCUGAGCUUCGGAUUCGGUGGCACGGGAAAGAUUAGCCACAAGGGCAAGUUUGACAGUUAUGGAGAAAGCUUCACGAACAACGACGUUCUCGGCUGUUAUCUGGAUUUAGAUGCGCUGAAAAUAGGGUGGACGAAGAAUGGCAAAGUAUUUCCGACCGCAUUUUCCUUGCCGAAUACCUUCCGUGAUCCAAGCGCCGCUCUGCACCCAACGAUCACCCUGCAGUGCUCGCGCCUAGCUCUAAAUUUCGGCGAUGCCCCAUGGCGCUUCCACCCGCCCCCAGGGUUUGUUGGCGUCUCUAAAUCGAUGCCCGAAGUUCAAUCGUGGUAUUCUCCUUUGACGAAGGCUUUGGCAUCUAAUGUGGACAUCGCGAAAACGCCGCUAUGCGUCGUUUUGGAGCCGACGCGCGAACUCGUCAAUCAGACUCAUGAUAAUCUCAGCAUUUUUGUCGCGAAGUUGUCAAACCCGCCAAUCAGGUGUCGCACAUUGAUGUCUGGUGUGCCCAUUCGCGAAGUCUUGAACAUGUUGGAAGAGGGAACCGAUAUUAUUACAGGCACGGCAAGUCGCAUUCUGGAUCUGGUUGAGGACGGUACGCUCAAUUUUGCUGGACUUCGAUUUAUGGUCAUCGACGAAGCGGAUGCGCUACUCGCGAAUAAGCAAACAGCAAAUGUUAUCCAUCGAUUAAUGGCUAAGCUUCCGGUGGCGACGACAUAUGGCAACAGAGUGAUUGUAUGCUCCGCGACACUACACAACAAUGACAUUAGCCAAUUUUCCGAUCGGUAUAUGAGAUUUCCACAAUGGAUUGACCUGAAGGGCAUGGACAGCGUUUCUGAAAAUGUCCACCAUGUCGUUUGCCCAGUUGAUGCUGUGUCCGAUAAGCAAUGGAUUCGGCUGAUGCAUGAAAAAGACUCCAAGGAUUUGCUAGAGCACGACCAUGUGCACGACAACGAUCAGUUGAAGAUUGGUACGGAGAACAAAGAAACCAUUUCGCUCGGCACAAAAAUUCUGAAAGGAAGCUAUGUGCUGCGGGCCAUCCAGGCGCUCGGCAUUCAACAGGCUAUCGUGUUUUGUCGCACCAAACAGCAAUGGCACACGGCCAUUGCCCUGCACGGUGACCGGACAGCUGAUGAACGGGCUGAUGCUAUGAAAUCGUUCCGUGAACGAUUGGACAAGAACGAGGACGCGUUCCUGAUCAGCACUGAUGUGUCGGCACGCGGUAUUGACGUUAAAAAUGUGCCCUACGUCUUGAACAUUACAUUACCGGACGACAAAUCGAUGUAUGUCCAUCGGAUCGGUCGUGUCGGCAGGGCAGACAGGAUGGGGCUCUCAAUCUCGUUCGUCGCCACUCACCAAGAAAAAGUCUGGUACCAUACGUGCCAAUCGCGUGGCCGUGGCUGCUUCAACACAAAGGACGUGAGCCAGCGAGGGUGUACGAUAUGGUACAACGAACAGAAGCUGCUCGGUGAAAUCGAGGAACACCUCGGUGUUACGAUUGGCCACGUCGACUCAGAUUUCCAAAUCCCGACCGAUGAGUUUGAGGGCAAGGUCAUCUACGGGGCUAAACGCACGCAAAGUGUGCAAUUCGGCAGCCACGCCCCGUCACUGGCCGCUUCCGUGGGACAACUGGCGGACCUCGAGCGUUCGCUGCAAAAUUCUUACCUGCUCGCCGUCGCCGGCCACUACGCCAAGAUCGCCAAGCAAGUCAAG